UUCCUCCUCCUGCCCCAGGCUGCGCACCCACAGCCCUGAGCGCGCAGCCCCGAGCAUCCUCAUGUGACCCACAGCUUCCUGCCCGCUGCCCGGCCCCGCUGCUGGUGCUGUGGGACGGGACCUGCCCGGUGCUGACCCAACACCACACCCUUAGCACCGGCACCGGCAUCAUGCUGCGCCGCAAGCCCUCCAACGCCGGUGAGAAGGAGCCGGGACACAGGAAGCUCUCCCUCCAGCGCUCCAGCAGCUUCAAGGACUUCGCCAAGUCCCAAGUCACCUCCCCCGCUCCCAGCAAGAAGGAGUUCAACCUGGAGGAGAACAUCCCCGAGGAUGAGGCCAGCAGCCCUGCCCCUGACGAUGCUACCCGGAGCAGCGGGAUGAAGCUGAGCAAGAAGUGGCGAGCAGUCAUCUCCAGAACCAUGAACCGCAAGAUGGGCAGAAUGGCUGUGAAAGCCCUGGCCGAGGGGAGGCAGGGAGACACAGAGGAGGAGGAGGAGGAGGCCGCGUGUCCCCUGUCCCCAGCCAGCAGCAUAGAGGAACCAAUCCUUGAGAAGGCGCCACCACCUUACCUGGAGAUGGAGGAAGAGGGACACCCCCCAGUCACCCACCAGCUGUCCAGCGGCAGCGAGGUGGCCGUCCCUGGGGGCAGCAGCCGGGACAGCCCGCAGAGCCCAACCUACACCGGUCCCUUCUGCGGCCGGGCACGCGUCCACACCGACUUCACCCCCAGCCCCUACGACAAGGAUUCACUGAAGCUGCGGAAAGGGGACAUCAUCGGCAUCAUCGAGAAGCCGCCCGUGGGCACCUGGACAGGGCUGCUCAACAACAGGGUGGGCUCCUUCAAGUUCAUCUACGUGGAUAUCAUCCCUGAGGAGACACUCCCUGCCCGCAAGAGCCGGGGCUCCUGCAAGAGCAAGAGGCUCAAGCCCAAGACCCUCCACGAGUUGCUGGAGCGCAUCAACCUGCAGGAGCACAUUUCCACCCUGCUGCUGAAUGGCUACCAGACCCUGGAGGACUUCAAGGAGCUGCGUGAGACCCACCUCAACGAGCUGAACAUCACUGACCCCCAGCACCGCGCCAAACUGCUGACAGCAGCUGAGCUCCUCCUGGACUAUGACACAGCAAGUGAGCCCGAGGAAGGUGAUGGUUCCGAAGCCCAGGCUUCACCCUCAGAGCCCAAGGGAGACAUUCCCCGGGACUCGGGAUGCUUCGAGGGAUCAGAGACGCUCGACAGCAGCCGGGACGAGAGCGAGCUGGGGGGUCCCGAGGGGCAGCUGCAGGCUCUCUCCCUGCCAGACCCCUCCUGAGCCCACCAGCACAGCUCACAGCUGCUUCCCAGCCUGGCCUGGUGGUGGGACGUCUCCCGGCUGGGGGGCAGGUGACCCCAUCAGUGGGACCCCACAGCUCUGGGUGCCCCGUGGCCGCAGGCAGCUCAGCCCUGGGUGCCCCGAGGCCGCCCCUCUGGCUGCCACCGGGACACUUUGCAACCGCACUGCCUCACACCCUGCUCCCCACCAAGAUGCAGCCGGGCUGGAGCGCCUGUCCUGGCCUUGCCCCACUUGAUCCCCAGCUCCAGGAGUUCCCCACGGAGUCCCCCCAGCUGCAGAGGGGACUGCAAGGACAGAGAGGGCUGUGGCAGGAGGGGACAGAGCAAACCCAGAGCAGGGUGGGUUCCCGCUGCCUUCCUCAGCAUCCCUGGCACAGCCAGGGAAAGGGGUGCUGGGAAGGUUGGGUUCACCCCAACCAAGAGCAGCCCAGAAAGGGCCCUGUGAGCCCACACCUCCCCCUUGGCUCAAGGGGACCCCCAAAGGCUGCAGCGUUGGCCUCUGGUCACCCAGUUGGUUCCUUUGUGCUCGACUGCAAUAAAACCAUGCAAGUCUGCUCCA